GAACGAGGCGGCCAACGUCGACGAGCUGCGCGCCCUCGGCGUCCCCGCUGCUCUUGUGAGCGUGGAGAGCAGCGAGGGCCGAGAGCUGGGGACGGCCAUCUGCAACCUGCAGCGGGGAGGCAAGACAGGCGUCAACAUCCUGGCCCGAAUGCUGUCUGACAACGUUUCUGUGCCCAUAGACUCCAGCUUCUUCGCCGCGCGCAUCCGGCGCGCCCUGCUCCACAGGGAGCGCUCCGACGGCGUCCCGCCCUUCUACCGACUCGCCAACGCGGAGGGGGACAUGCUGCCCGGCAUCCUGUGCGAUAGAUACGGCGCCGACUUGUGCGUGCAGUUCGGUGCAGCAGGUGCCGAGCUGCUCCUCGAGCAAGAGGUCCUCGAUGCGCUGGAGGCGACCCUGUCGCCGCGCUGCAUCGUUGUGCGGCGCGAUGACACGCCCGACCGCGAGCUCGAGCUCGCACCAGCGCAGCCUCCGGUCGUGGCCCGCGGGCGCUACGAGGGCCCCACCGCCGUGGUGCACCCGACGGACGCCGGCUUCUCCUACGCCGCGGACCUCCUCGCCAGCGACUGGUCGCCCGGCCGCUCCUUCCUCGAGCGGCGGCAGCGCGGGUUCCUCGUGGGCGUCGUGGCUCGGCUGGCCUCCGGCGCGGGCGCCCCGCCGCGCGUGCUCAGCCUCUUCGGGGAGAGCAGCGGGGUCGCGUGCGCCGCGGCCGGCGCGCACGCCACCUGCGUGGUGGGCCUGGGCGAGGUCGGCCAGGCUCGCCUGGAGGACCUGGCCGCCAGGAACGGCUGCCGCAGCCGCGUCGAGUGCGUCCACGCCGAGGCUCCACAGGCCCUGCCCUCGAGCCUGGGGCGUGGCGCGACCUUCGACGUCGUGGCGAUCGAGCCGCCGCCUCUGGCGCCCACCUACGGCCGACUGGAGGAGGGCUCGCAGCAGUACGCCGCGUGGGUGGCGGCCGCUGCGGCCACGGCGCGCCCUGGGGGGCUGCUGCUCGUGGCGUGCCGAAGCCGCACCAUGUCGGCGGUGCGGCUGCUUCGCUGUGUGAAUCUUGGGGUCUGGUCCGCCCGGAGGCGCGCGGGGAUGGUGCAGCGCUGGGCCGGUGGCGGGUGGGACUUCCCUUCGCACCUGGCGCUGAACGACACGACCGACCUGCAGGUCAUGGCGCUGCGCCUGGACUGA